CAGCAGGUCACAGCAAGUAUACACACCAUGUCGUGCCAUCUGUUGAUGUGUUUGGCCACACUGGUGAUAGGGAGGGCAGCGGCGUAUCCUGAUGGGGCACCAGAAGGCACAUGUGGCAGCAUGAUGCCCUUCCACUACUCGGUCAAAGGAAACACCUCUGUACCCCUGCAGACACCGUCCACACUGCCGGUCUAUUUCACCAUCCUCAUCAACAAGGACAAGGUGCAACGUGGGGACACUAUUGAAGUGACCAUACGCGCCGACAAGAACUAUUUCGAGGGCUUCUCCAUGCAGGUGCGAGAGGUCAAAGUUGAAACCAACCUGACCAGCGCAAGGAAGUUCGGCAAGUUCAAGGUCACGAACGAUGACGCAAAGUUGAUGUGUAACGAGCAGGGCAUCACCCACGCCAAGCACUUUAAAUGGAACACGACGACCUUGACCUGGAUCGCUCCUAAUGAGGAAGUGUCCAACCUUCAGUUCAGGGCAACUGUUGUCAAGGGUUACCGUGAAUUUUUCGUUGACGUCAACUCUCCGGUGUUUAGUGUUACCGGUGCCGGCAUGCCGGUUGUGCCGGCCCCACUCCUGCUACUGAUCGUCUGCUGUCUUCACAUAUUCAAACUUUCCCUGUAGCCUUUCGUGUUUGCCGCCUUCAAAACCUUCAAUAUUCAUUAUUGGCUAAUUGUCUUAGAUCACUCAAAAU